AUGGAUAAACUAAAGAAGGUUUUGAGCGGGCAGGAUGAUGGGAACGCGGAUGGGAGCGGCAUACUGGAGAGAGCCAAUCAGGCGUCGACUCUGGCCUGGGGCACGCGGGUGAAAGGCUUCGUGAUCUGCUUCGUUUUAGGCGUCGUGUGCUCCAUCCUGGGCUCCUGCUUGUUGUGGGUCCCCGGCUUUGGUCUCGCUGUGUUCGCGGUCCUCUACAGUUUGGGAAACAUCUGCGCUCUGUCCAGCACCAUGUUCCUGAUGGGUCCGUGCCGGCAGCUGAGAACCAUGUGGGCUAAAGAGCGAGUGCUCGCCACCGUCAUCAUGCUGGUGUGCCUGGUGCUGACGCUCUGUGCUGCCUUCUGGUGGAAGAACAACGGCCUCGCUCUGCUCUUCUGUAUCCUGCAGUUUCUGGCUUUCACCUGGUACAGCCUCUCGUACAUCCCAUUCGCCAGAGACGCCAUUAUAAAACUAUUUUCACUAUGUGUAUAGGAAGCCCCACCCACUUCUUCCCACCCCUCUGAGUCAUCACCUGUCUGACCAAUCAGGACACAGCACAUACUGCUUGCUGUGGUGGUGACGGUUUGUAUCCAGUCACCUCGUGGACUGUUACCUUUUUAAACCAUUUAAAGCGCAGCUGCACAGUUCAGUGCCUGAAUUUCUUUCAUUGGUUUCUGCUGUUUAUUCUCAGCAGUAAAGAAACACUGAAAAACCAGUUUAUCACAGCAUCUGCAAACAAUUCUCAGAGCCAACACAUUAAUGCUUUAAACACUGAAAUGUUCAGUUUGCUGUUUCCCUGAGUCCAUUUUUUUCAUCUGAAAUUCAUGAAAGAACUAAAGAAUAGUUUUUUUAAUCUAAUAUAUAGUUGAAUUUUUAAAGUCUUCUGUAGUUUGGUUGAGCAGUCCUGCUCUCCUGUCGGCUACUGUCUGCUCAAAAAAGACUUAAAGCCAAAAUGAAAUCUUUUUAUUAAACAAAGUCAAACACUCAGUAUGUUCUUACAUCAGUUUAAAACUCUGUAAUGCAGCUGCAUUAGUGUGAGAGAUAAACCGGGACUCAUGUUUCUUUUCUGAUUUUAAUGAUGAGUUUGACGUGUUACUGAUGAUUUUUUUGCCUUUUAGUCCUAAAAUUUCAAGUUGAGGUUAUUUAAAGAGCCAACAAGUACUGUUGGACAGCUGAGCACUGCAGUCGUUUGAUUUUGUAGUUCCAGCUCAUCAGAUUCCCAUCUUAGUUUUUCCAUUUACAAAAAGACUAUGAAGACAUCUUUGAGUUUAUACCAGCCAGCCACCAGGGGGCGAUGGAGGGUUUUUUUUGUUUUAGUUGUACCUGCAAGAAAAAUUCUAGUCUAUGGAAGUUUGUUUCCUCCGCUGGAAAGAAAAAAAAACCCAGGCAGAGCUAACUCAAAAUUUCAAGAUGUGUGAAAUUGUGACCUAAAAUCAGCAAAUUUUUUUCCCCGCCCGCCCCCACCCACAGUGGCAGAAACAAGCUUCCAUACUGGCCACAUCUGGAGCCGGGUGCAUAAAACUCGUUGCUGCACAUGAGCAGAUGUGCUGCUGAUCAAUGUUCUGUGCACUUUUACUUUAGAUCAUGUUUCUACUUCUUCUUCUUCUUUCCUCCUCCUGAAACUCAACACACAGUGACGGUGCUCACGUGGUGUGCUUUUAAUAUUUUUUGUGGGAUCACAUCAUUUUUAUAUCUAAACCUCCUCGGUCUUAAAGUUUCAGAACAAACAUUUGCUGUUUUCUUCAGAGGAAAAAAUAAAUUUUUGUAUUUUUUUUGUCUGCUUUUGAACUUCUUAUUCUUUUCACAUUUGUUUGCUUAUUUUUGCUCAUCAGACCUUCAUUUCAAUAAUCAUUUCAUUUCAAUGAUCCUUUCUGCAUCUUAGACUUCUUUAAGCAGGAGAACAAUGGCUGCUUUCCUCGUCCACACUUUCAUCCAUUUCAGUAAUUUUCUGAGUAAUAUCUGGGCCUGUUUAGCUGAAAACAGUCUUCAGAGACCAAGACAGCUUUUCCAUUUACUUCAGCGUAGAUGAGGAAAGGCCGUUUUCCUCUCUGACAUUUUCCCAGAUGUGUUAUAGUCAGUUUCAUUAAGAUUUGUAGCUGCUGCUUUUGGGUUUCUCCACCAGAAUUUAGUUUUCCUCAUUUGUGUUGUGUAAUAGUGGGUCCUUGUGUCUGUUUAACCACACUACGAAGCUGUGACUGAGUUAAAUUUAGAUUGUAGAAGCUGCUUUAAAGCCUGGUCAUGAAUUUCAUGGGGACCUGCUCUGCUCUUCCAUAUUUACACCAUCACGAUACAAAGUCGGACACUCGUAAUCAAAAUGUCGUUGAUGUGAGUGAAACAUCUGGAAAAAUAAUGACUUUGAACCCGUAGGUCCAACAGUACAGCUCUGGAUGCUGCCCCUCGGCAGGCUUCCAGGGGCUGACCAAUAAGAAUAAAGUGGGGGCCUGAAAGAGACGAGUGAGAGAGGCUUGUUUCUGAGGGGCCCAGUAUAAAAGAAAUGAGGUUUAUUUUGAACUGUUAAUCAUGCAAAGCCACUCUAGGAGUCCCUGAUUUAAAUGAGCAGAAUAUAAGGCUCUGAUAUUUUCAGCUGAAACAUUACACUCUGUUGUUGUUGUUGUUGUUGUUUUUGUGUGCCUGCACUGUAAAA